AAAAGUAUUCAAUGUAUUUUUAAGAAUAUUUUGUAUAAAUUGAGACAUACAAUUUUUGUACUUGUAAUAUUGACCCAAUUUUUAUGGGUAAAAGAACCCAUUUGGAAACUACGCCACACAACCAUUAAUCGGGAAACUUUUUGGAGCAAUUAACCCGGCAAGUUACACAAAACUCCAAAGCGACUUGGAGCUCAUCAAGCCGGAAAACCUGGUUGGGAAAACCCGACUGAGAUAAACCCAUUGGGUUCAUUGGGCGACCGAGUGUCCCGGCGGGAUGAACAUCAGCGCGCUGCUCAACACGUACUACGAUCUGUCCGGGGAGCAGGUGAACCACAUCAACGAGUUCGUGGCCGGGGCCCUGCUCCACGUGGUGCACCACUACAUCCUCAGCGUGACCCCGUCGCUGGUGCUGACCCUCUGCUGCCGGAGCAACCACACGUGCAACUUCUACAACGAGAUGAUGAGCACCUUGUUCCGCCAGUGGGGAUUGGCCCCGCUGCAGAUCGUGAACGUGGAACGGGGCGUUCCCUGGCAUCCGGUGCCGGGUCGCCGGCACUUCAACGUCAUCUUCACGGACUCCUUCGCCGCCUUCGAGGAGAUCCGGAUGGAGUACUAUGCAAGGGAGUACAACUACAACGAGCACUACUUCAUCUUCCUGCAGGCGAGGGAUCGCCUUCUGCUCGGCGAGAUGCGGCUGAUCUUCGACUACUGCUGGCGCUACCAGCUCAUCCACUGCAGCGUCCAGGUGCAGAAGUCCAACGGGGACGUCCUCUUCUACAGCUACCAUCCCUUCGGGGAGCGAGGGUGCUCCGACAUGGAGCCGCAGCUGAUCAACCGCUACAACGGCAGCAUGCUGGUGGAGCCGGAGCUCUUCCCGCCGAAGCUGCGCAACUUCUUCGGCUGCCCGCUGCGGUGCGCCCUCUGGAACGCCCCGCCCUUCGUCCGGCUGCGCCAGGAUGCGGCCCAGGACGGCCUCCUCGUGGUCAGCGGCGGCUACGAGGGUCGUCUGCUCAUGGCGCUCGCCCAGAAGAUGAACUUCUCCAUCGCCGUGCGCAAGGUGCACGCCAGUCUGAUGGACGAGGCCCUAGAGAUGUUGCAUCGCGGCGAGGCGGAGCUGACCCUGGGCGGGAUCCGGCAGACGGUGGGCAGGAGCCUGAGGGCGACCUCGACGCACAACUACCACCAGACACGCGAGGUGUUCGGGGUGCUGGCCUCCAGUUACGAGCUGAGCUCCCUGGACAUCCUGCUCUACCCGUACCGCCUGCAGAUCUGGAUGGGCAUCCUCGGCGUGGUGCUCCUGUCCGCCUGCCUCCAGCUGGCGGUGGCCAGGAUGCUGAAGGAGCGAACGGGAUCGCGGGCGUGGCUCAAUUUGGAGCUGAUCUUCGUGGGAAUGCCGCUGCUGGAGACUCCGAGGUCGCACUCGGCCCGUCUCUACUGCCUGAUGCUGAUGAUGUACACGCUGAUCAUCCGGACGGUCUACCAGGGAUUGCUGUACCACCUCAUCCGAACCCACCAGCUGAACCGCUGGCCACAAACGAUCGAGUCGCUGGUACAGCGCAACUACACGGUGGUGCUGACGCCACUCGUCCAGGAAACUCUCGACGAGAUUCCCAGUGUGCAGCACAUGAAGUUCCGCCUGCUGGAGGCGUCCAACUCCGAGCUGGAACCCCUCUACUUCCUGGAGGCGAACCACCAGCUGCGCCACCACGUCACCGCCUCCGCCCUGGACAUCUUCAUCCACUUCAAUCGGCUGAGUGCCGAGGGAAUCCAUCGGCGGGGCGAACGGGGUGCCCACUACGAGAUCGUUCCGGAGGACAUCAUCAACAUGCAGCUGACCAUGUACCUGGGCAAGCACUCCUUCCUCAUCGACCAGCUGAACGAGGAGAUCAUGUGGAUGCGCUCCGUGGGCCUGCUGGCCGUGUGGGCCAGGUGGGAACUGGUGGAGAGCUACCUGCGCAGCGACCAGACCUUCCAGAUCCUCGGCCUCGUCGAGCUGUACGCCAUCUUCCUCAUGGUGCUGGUGGGGCUGGGUCUCGGAACGGUGGUCUUCGUCCUGGAGCUCGCCUCCCAGCGAUUUUGGUUCCUGCAAAGACUCUUCUCGAAGCACUUGGCGAAAAUAGCUCCCUAA